CCCGGGGUAACGGUACCGUAAUCUCGCGAGCGCCAUGGCCAAAUGCGUAUUUAUUUAACGUAGUUAUUAUGUGCGGCCGACCUUCGAUGCAGCUACUGUUACUUUCGAUGGUACUGGUGGACCAGUUUCGAUCAGCUGUGGUGUUAGCUCAUCAGGAAGAGUGUGGCAGAAGUUUCAGAAGGUCCCGACAACCCCGAGCUGGCGCAGUGGGUCGGAUUAUCAACGGAAAACAAAGCGCGAAGGGUGCUUGGCCAUGGCAAGUUUCGUUGCAGCUUUUACAUCCACAAUUUGGUUUUUUAGGACAUUGGUGCGGUGGCGUUAUGAUAUCACAAGAAUGGUUGUUAACUGCUGCGCACUGCAUAAACAAUGACUUAUUCAAUUUACCACUAGCCGCACUCUGGACGGCCGUACUGGGCGAUUGGGACAGAGAUAUGGAGGAACUUACUGAAGAAAGGAUUCCGGUGGAAAAAAUCAUUUUACAUGAGAGAUUUCAUAAUUUCCAACAUGACAUUGCGCUGAUGAAACUAUCAAAACCAGUAAAGUUCAGUACAAAGUCGCGCAUUCGAGCAGUUUGUCUGCCCACUGAAAGGAUAAGACAUAACGAGACCGAUUUUUGCGUGGCCACAGGCUGGGGUAGGAACAUUGAAGAUGGUAUUUUGGCGGGGAAAUUAUUAGAAGCGAAAGUUCCCGUCCACGACAACGCUGUUUGCAAAAAGAAGUACGGACAUGCAGUUCACAUACGAAGUGGACACUUGUGUGCUGGACAUUUGGAUGGGUCUACUGGGACAUGUGUGGGUGAUUCUGGAGGUCCACUACAAUGUGCAAUGCGCGACGGACGUUGGAUAUUAGCUGGAAUAACAUCAUUCGGAUCUGGAUGUGCAAAGCCAGGCUUUCCAGACGUUUACAGUCGAUUAUCGUAUUACUUACCUUGGAUUAAAACGAAAAUGAAAGCCAAUAGAAGCGACCUUAGGAAAAGAUACGGAUAAAUUCGUUUUGUGAUCUAGUGUUUUGUUAAUAUUUAUUUGUUUGCUGUAAAUAAUUUGUUAAAUUUACAACAUUUUUUUUUUUUUGAUACUAUUCUGUAUGUGUUAUUGCUUGUAUACUACUUUGGUAACAUGCAGGGGGCUUCCUAAACUAGUACAAAUACGCUAAAUUGGAGAAAAUAUUUCUUUUAUAAAGUCAUUUCCAAUUAUUUGAUUGGCGAAAAGUUUCUCAGGAAAUUCGCCAGUGUGUAGAAAGCCGCUAAAAUCUAAAAAAAAAGGAGAAUAAGUUAUAGAGUAGGUACCUGAAAAUUACCAGUUUUUUCUUCAAACAUUUUUAAUAAAUUUGGUUUUAGAACUAA